AUGUCGCUCAACCGCAUAUCGUUCCUCGAAGGGUGGGAGCGGAAUCCGGCGGCCUUUCUGCGGGGGCGACUGGAGGAAACGGGUUCCACGGCCUCUGAUGAAGAGUCUGACAAUCUCUCUCCUCCUCUUUCCCCUCCACCUAUUCCAGACUCAAUUUCAAUCCAUAUGCUGGCCCCGCCUGGAGCGAAAAGAGGUGACGAUCACGAUGAUCGUUCACUGAGAGGUGUAUCCCCCACCACGCGGGAUACGAGUACUCGUGCGGAGCGGGGGUGGGCACCGGGGCCCGUGGCACUGCCCGAACCCAAAGCCAAGUCUAGGGACUGGCUAUCGGAAACGACCGGGGCCUUCGAAGUGAGCCCCGCCAGGCGAGUCGUCCAGGUAUGUGUGGCAGUCGUGUAUUGCUUUGUCUCGGCCGGCAUUGUCUUUGGAUUCGCUGCUUUGAAACCGGUACUCGUCAGCGAGAAUGUGUAUCGAAACUAUUGCUCGUUGGAGGAACUAAGACAGAAUGUGCUCAUCUGUGACGGGCAGGAAAUUCGCUUGAAUUUGAUGUUCACAAUUGCCGCUGUUGCAACCAAUGUUUCUGCUCUCCCCGUGGGGACCAUUCUGGAUUCCUGGGGCCCACGAGUCAGUGGAAUUAUUGGGAGUGUGCUUCUGGCCUUUGGCGCCAUCAUAUUCGCAUUUGCUGAUCAGUUACCAUUCGACGGAUACAUUCUGGGCUAUCUACUACUAUCUUUGGGCGGGCCCUUCAUCUUCAUUUCCUCCUUCCAGCUAUCCAAUACUUUCCCCUUACGCUCAGGCCUUAUCCUGUCGUCAUUGACCGGGGCGUUUGAUGCAUCCAGCGCAGUAUUUCUGAUGUUUCGCCUUAUCAACGAGCGCUCAGGUGGCGAUUUCUCUGUCCAAAAGUUCUUCCUCCUCUAUCUCAUCGUUCCGGUGUUUAUCACCGGGGCACAACUGACUCUGAUGCCCGCAACAUCGUACAAAACUGCCGGUGAACUAGUUCAACAUGCUGAGACACAGAUAACAGAAGAACGAAGAGAUCAAACUGACACAGCAACCGAAGAUCGAGAUGAGAGUGAAAGACAACGCCAAAAUCGCCGCGCUCAACGACAAAACAUCGUCCAUCAAAUCCAAGACCUUCUAGAUGACGGCACCGCUUCUGUUUUCUCGGCGACUGGGGUUGACGAUACUGUAUUCAGCGGUCUCUCAAGCCCUCGUCGUCCACUCUCCCCGCGGUCCGCUCGCUCACGACCUGACACCCCCAAACCCCUGCCGAUGCCACCAAAUGCACCAAACACAAACACCAGUGGCGUCUGGGGUGUCCUCCACGGCCAAAGUGCACUCUCACAACUACAGACCCCGUGGUUCGCAUUGAUAGCCCUCUUCACCGUUCUCAUGAUGCUUCGGAUUAAUUAUUUCGUGGCAUCCCUACGUACGCAAUACGCUUAUCUGCUCGGCUCAUCCUCCGAAGCUCGAACCAUAAACUCUGUUUUUGAUAUUAUGCUCCCAGUCGGUGGCCUUUUCUCGAUUCCAUUCAUUGGAACAUUCCUCGACAAACUGCGAACGCGUACUGUGCUCAUGAUUCUCGUUUCGACGGCCACCAUGAUGGGUGUGCUGGGCUGCAUAGCACAUAGCACAGAAGCUGCCUACGCGAACAUAAUUCUUUUUGUACUCUACAGGCCUUUCUACUAUACCGCAGUUUCCGACUACGCGGCGAAGGUGUUCGGCUUCCAAACCUUCGGAAAGAUCUAUGGGCUAAUUAUCUGCCUCGCUGGCGUGGGGAAUUUCGCGCAAGCUGGGCUUGAUGCGCUUACUCUGAAGGUCUUUGAUGGGGACCCGGUGCCUGUGAAUGCCGGUCUGACGAUCGUAGUCGCUGUUGUCGGUGCUUCGCUAGCUGGGUAUGUGAGUUGGCAGACGAGUGUUCUGCUCGGCUCGGCUACUACCGUCGAGACUCGGGAAGAUCACCCGGGCUUGAUUCACAGAGAUUGGGAACGAGAGCCAUUAUUGACGAGAUCUGGGAGCAUUGAAGGGGGUGGUCAGCGGGCCUAUGGCAUAUAA